GAUGUUUAUUGCAAUGAGCCACUCAUUACAGUCGCAGAGGUGACUCUCAAACCCCUCCAGAAGGUACACAACCAAGCAUUACGACUAAUUACUGGAGGGAUAAAAUCAACACCCAUUGAUGCAAUGCUCCUAGUUACAGGAAGCACUAAAAUAUGUUCCCUUAUCAAAGAAAAGACCUUGAUCCUGUAUGUGAAGCUACUGCGCAUUCCCAUGGAUAAGUUCUUCAGCACCUAUGAGAAUAGACCAAGAUAUCUGAAAACCCAAUCUGGUCUAAUACAGAAAGCCAUAGAACUGAAGAAGGAAUUACGAGUUGAUGACAAACCAAAAAGCCUCUCUCCAUCUAUGAACCCAUUAGCAGACACUGAUGUAACACUGAUGCAGUGUGUUGCACCCAACUGCUUGACCUUAGCAGACAUUGAUGUAGUGUGUCGCACCCAACUGCGUCUUCAGGGAAUCAAACACUCCUCCAGAACAAAUGCGCUCACUGCCCCUCGAGACAAUCAAUGUCAACUCUCCUGCAGAUCAAUGGCUCCAAGUCUUCACUGA